AAUUCAGAAUACUGAAAAGAAGCCAUCUGCUGGGGUAAAAGAUAAGAACAGCUGACAAGACCAUUUGAUUGCUCAUAGAGAUCAACGGGUAGAAAUUACAAACAUUUGAAAAUGGCACAGGUGAUGUCAACAGACUUCUUAACUCACAAUCUUUCGACCUUGUUGACGACCGGUCUCACCAUCAUCCUCGUCGUCCUAUUCAGUCUGAGGAGAAAAAAUGACAGCUCGAAGAAGCUCACCCAUCCACCCGGACCCAGCGGCAUACCCGUUCUCGGCAACCUCCUCACCGUCGCUUUUUCCAAGCUCCCUCAACACGAGCUUAUCAACGGGUGGAGCAAGAAGUAUGGUGAUGUCUUCUGGUUCAAGAUCUUCGGCACCGGCGUCGUCAUCAUCAACGACAAGGAGGUGAUGCAGAAGACUUUCCAGAACACGGAUGUGUGUGACCGGGCUCCCUUCUUCGCAUCGGACUACGUCUUGGGUCGGGAAAACAAUGGUAUUGCGUUUGCGAACGGAGGAUCGUGGAAAGAGCAGAGAAAGUUCUUCGUUUCCAUCUUCCGAAAGGUGGACAUCGGUGUUUCAAGGCUGGAGGACAUCGUGGGUGGACAGGUCAAGAACAUUGUGACACAGGUCAAGAAUCUCAAAGGUGAGAAAUUUGACCCAGCCAUCAUGGUCAACAUGUCGAUCGCCAACAUCAUCACGCGAAUUAUCACCGGGGUCACUUACGACUGGGAAGACAAAGCCUUCCAGGACAUAGUGGCUUACUCGGGAAAGCUCUUCGACAUCAGCGGUCCCGCCGGACUUUUCAGCCUCAACCCCGUCUUCGCCCGACUCCCGCUUCCGGUCAACUUCGAGAUCCGUCGGCUCUGUCGCACCAUCAUGGACUUCAUCCAGGUGUCGAUCGAUGAACACAGGAAGAACUUUGACCCGAAUGCGCCGGUCAAAGAUUUCAUCGGCUCAUAUCUGAAGGAGAUGGCCAGUGCUGACGCAAAUAAUCUCAAAUCGUUUGAUGAUACAAACAUGAUUGUUAGCUGCUUUGACGCUCUCCUGGGCGGCUGGGAGACCGUAGCAUCCACUCUCCGCUGGACAAUCUACCUCCUCUCAAAGCACCCCGAAGCCCAGGGGCGCAUGCGCCAAGAGAUCCAUGACCUGGUGGGUGACGAGCGUUUCCCGACCAUUGCCGAUCGUCAGUACCUUCCGUUGGUGGAGGCGACCAUCGCCGAGUGCAUGCGAUUCAUCCCCGCUGUCCCCAUCCAUCUGCCUCACGUGACCUCUCAGGACUGUAACAUUGGCGGGUUCGACGUGCCCAAGGGCAGUGCCGUAGCAGCCAAUCUCCUGCACUUCGCCAAGAGCCCCAUGUUCUGGGAGGAUCCCGAAGUCUUCAGGCCAGAAAGGUUUCUUGAUGACGCGGGUAACUUCAUGAGGGGCCUGGAACCAGUUCCUUUCGGCUACGGCAAGAGACAGUGCCCUGGGGAACUGCUUGCUCGCAUGGAGAUGUUUAUUUUCACCACUUUCCUGGUCCAGAACUUCGAACUAAAACUCCCGGCUGGAAUUAAAGAUGAUCUUCAAGGAGUUCUUGGUCUAACAUGGAGGCCCAACCACUACUUCAUCGAGGGACAUCCAACCAAUGCCAAUGAAGAAUAAAACGAGAGACUUUUAUUAUCUCGAUGAAAAAACUGCUUUAGAACACUUCAAUGACGAGUCAAGGGGCUUCUUUUCAGUGGCUUUUCCGAACUCG